UCGGCGGGGCGCCGGCCGGCGCUCCUCCGGCGCGAUGCUCUUCUCGCUGCGGGAGCUGGUGCAGUGGUUGGGUUUCGCCACCUUCGAGAUCUUCGUGCACCUGCUGGCUCUGUUGGUAUUCUCCGUGUUGCUGGCACUGCGGGUGGACGGCUUGGCCCCGGGCCUCUCCUGGUGGAACGUGUUCGUGCCCUUCUUUGCCGCUGACGGGCUCAGCGCCUACUUCACCACCAUCGUGUCUGUGCGUCUCUUCCAAGACGGGGAGAAGCGGCUGGCUGUGCUGCGCCUCUUCUGGGUCCUCACGGUGCUUAGCCUCAAGUUCGUUUUUGAGAUGCUGCUGUGUCAGAAGCUGGUGGAGCAGACUCGAGAGCUCUGGUUCGGCCUGAUCACGUCUCCCGUCUUCAUUCUCCUGCAGCUGCUCAUGAUCCGUGCUUGUCGCGUGAACUAGCCUCAUGCAGGGGCCAGAGAGGGAGCACUGCAUAGCUGGAGUGCCGAAGCUUCCAGUCCUGGCCCAGACCAAGCCACAUCGGAGGAGAGGUCUUGAUCCAAAGGCUCUUACUGCUUGUGUCCAGUUGAGUGUCCAGUUUUCUGUAUGUCAGUCAUGCCUGAGAUUGUUUCCUUAGCAAGACUUAGAAAAGUGCAGCCUUAAUCCUUGAAAUAUAUAUAUUUCUUGUUAUUCAUGCUGUGAGUUACUAUCCUGGAUUGAGCACCUGAGAAGGCCCCAGCCCGACAGUACCAAGUCCUCUGACAGUUGGAAACUGUAUAUAAGUAAAAUGUCUUGAUAGCACUGAGCAUCCUCCAUGAAUUCUGGGGAUGUGCUCCUUUACAAAGAGGCUUGUCCAGCCAGCAGCACUGAGCUGAGAGCUUACCGUCCAGGACAGAGUUCUCUGAGCUAUGAAAAUGUAACAGGGCUUGUACCUCCACUCCUGAGCCAUGCAGGAGAAUGGCCCCUUUUCCAUUGCAGUCUAGGAAUAGACAGCAGAAUGUUAAAAUGACGAAAGAACUGGUCUCAAGGCAUUCAUUGCUUGGUUUCCUGUCCCAGCAGGCUGCAGUUUCACGGACUUUUCCCCCACCUUGUGGCAGGCACCAUUAGCACAUACAUCUCAGACAGACAGGCCUCCCUUCCUAAGGGACCAAACCCAGGAACAGAUACUGUGAUGCCAGUGGACAUGGAGGCCACAAAAAAGAGCUUGUGAACAGCGCAGGCUUGUUGGCCUAAGGUACCACAGAAGAACGCUUGCUGAAAUGAGAAUAAAAUAAGAGAAUGUUUUCUUGAAAUGAA